GAUCCCCCCACCCCGGCAUUGCAGGAGGGGAGGGCCGUUGGUGGUUUUGAGGGCGAUUAAGGUGAUUUUGGUUGCCGCCGUGUGAUGCUCGGUGCUGCGCGCCUUUCUGCGGGGGCAUCGGCCCCUCUUUUGUGCUGGAUGCGGCGUUGUGGUUGCAGUCGGGCUUGGAAUUCCCUGCGCCGGUGUGUUUGGUGAUGCUCGGCUUGCGUGGGAUGGACAGAGUGACGGAAGACGCGUUGCGCCUCAACCUCUUGAAGAGGGGUCUCGAGCAACCUGACGACCGCGAGGAUGUCCUGGCCAAGCAGCUGAAGAUGGAGGGGCACGAGGCCAUGGAGAGGCUAAAGAUGCUGGCUUUGCUGAAGAGGAAGGACUUUCCUGGCCUUGAGUUGGCUCAUGACCAUCUAGCAAAGCAAGAUGGCCUUAAGAUGUACGAGGAGAAGAUGAACGGGAGCCUUCGGCCUCACGGGGACGGCCGAGGUGUGGGUAGGCACGGUAAAGAGAACAUCAACGAAGAGCCGGUGGACAUGAGCUCCAGGCGGAGCGACCAGGACCGAGGAGGACAGACCCCCUCCCCAGAUAUCAUUGUGCUGUCUGACAACGAGGCAUCCAGUCCGAAAUCUGCCUCUCGCUCAGAAGACAGAAUCAAGAUGGCCAACUUAGAAAUGUUUAAGGGCAAGAACGUGGAGGAGCGCCAGCAGCUCAUCAAACCGCUGAGGGACGAGCUGCGUCUGGAGGAGGCCAGGCUGGUCCUGCUGAAGAAACUGCGCCAGAGCCAGCUGCAGAAAGAGAAUGUUCUGCAGAAAAAUCCCGUGGUACAGAAUGCAGCUACCAUUGUACAGCCAUCUCCUGCCCACGUGGGCCAGCCAGGUCUCUCCAAAGUGCCUCUGCGCCCAGGGGCUCAGGGCUUAGAAGCACAGAACCUGAGGAGUGUGCAGAGUCACAGUGUUAUCAGGACAUCGACGAAUACCCCUCUGCCACACAUGCUGAUGUCUCAGAGAGUGAUUGCCCCGAACCCAACACAACUACAGGGCCAGUGCGUGCCCCCUAAAACGGGUCUAAUCCGCAACAGCACUCCAAGCAUGAACCAAGCCAUCAGCUACCCCCAGCAGUCCAGCUCCUCGGUCCCCUGCCAGCGCACGUCCUCCACUGCUAUGUACAUGAACCUUGGUUCCCAUAUGCAAACAGGACCCGUGGCUCGCGUGUCAUCCCCCCUGCCCAGUCCAAGUGCCAUGGCAGAUCCGGCCAGCUCUCAGGCUGCCGCCAAGUUGGCCUUGCGCAAGCAGCUGGAGAAGACGCUCCUAGAAAUCCCUCCGCCAAAACCACCAGCUCCUCUCCUCCACUUCCUACCCAGCGCCGCCAACAGCGAGUUCAUCUACAUGGUUGGCUUGGAGGAGGUGGUCCAGAGCGUCAUAGACAGCCAGGGUAAAAGCUGUCCUUCCCUCCUGCGAGUGGAUCCGUUUAUCUGCGCUCAGUGUCGCACAGACUUCACUCCUCAUUGGAAGCAAGAGAAGAGCGGCAAGAUCCUGUGUGAGCAGUGUAUGACGUCCAAUCAGAAGAAAGCGCUGAAGGCCGAGCACACCAACCGGCUCAAAAAUGCCUUCGUCAAAGCCCUGCAGCAGGAGCAGGAAAUAGAGCAGAGAUUACAGCACCAGGCGGCCCUCUCACCAGGCGCCCCACCUGCCAUCUCCAGCAAGCAGGACACAAUGAUCAGGCAUCACGCUCUGAGACAGGCCGCACAGCCACAGAACACUCUGCAGAGAGGAAUCCCCACUGCCCGAUCCAUGCUCUCCAACUUUGCGCAGGCACCGCAGCUGCCAAUGGCCGGGAACCUCUUAGCCAUGCCGGGUGUGAACAUCGCCUAUCUCAGUGCUGGAAUGGGGGGUCACAAAGCGACCAGCCUGGCGGAUCGGCAGCGGGAAUACCUGCUGGACAUGAUUCCCCCUCGUUCCAUAUCGCAGUCCAUCAGUGGACAGAAAUAACCCUCGUGCGGCCCCCACCGCCACGCGGAUCGACCGGAGCUGUGGACAUUGCAGGCACUUGGCUCCGUUUAAUCCGGCCCUCUCCCCACAGAAGCUUAUAAAAGAAGUGUUUGUGCUUUUCCCCCGUUUUUGGACUGGCUUUCUUGAUAUGUAUAUUUUUUUGUAUUGCUA